AUGGAAGAAAUCACAAAAAGGGUAAAUCAGCAUGUUCCUCUAGCCGCCAUGGCUUUGGAGUUUAGACGAAGAGAUAUUGUUAUGGAAUGUGCACGGUUUAAAGAAAGAAUGAAAAGAAAAGCAGGGGAGAGGGGAGGGAAAAACAAGAGAGAUGACCUCAAGGAAGGCUAUUCACUUCGUAGGUGCAUUAAUACUUUCAGUGCCCGAUCAAAAUGCAUGGAUUAUUCCAACUUCAAGACGUCAAUGUAG